GGGGAAAAAAUAAGACAUUUGGGUUGGAUUCUGUUGGGCUUGGUUUUUAUACUGUACGUUUCAGGGCAUGGCUCUAUAUUUUACUAUCUCAAAUGACACAUUGUAGCAUUUAGCAACAUACCCAUCCCCAUGGCUGGAAGAGGCAGAGGUCGUGGAAGGGGACAGAUGACCUUCAACCUGGAGGAUGUGGGCAUAGGAAGGGGGGACAGCUUGCCCCCCACCACCUUUAAGCCCUCACCCCUCUUCCCUCCCAUGCCAGUCCAGCCUGUGCCCCUGCAGACAGGAGAGGAGGUGGAGUACAUGCUUGCUCUGAAACAGGAGCUGAGGGCCGCCACCAAGACCCUGCCUUUCUACAUCAGACGGGCUGCUCCCAAAAGAGAUGUCGAUCGCUACUCUGAUAAGUACCAGAGCGGAGAGCCCAAGGACAGCACCAUCGAUUGGAGCCCAGACUGGAGCAGAUUGCCUAAAGAGCUUUGCGUUAAAGUGAGAGAACCUCGGGGUAAAAGACCCACACCUCAAGUUAAACGGACAAAGAAACCUCUUGUAGGAAAAGAGGAGAUUCUCACCAAGCUAGAGACUCUUGAAAAGAAAGAAGAGGCAGUGAACUCUGAGGAAGAGCAGGACGAGGAGAAAAAGAAGACAAACGAGGAAGAAGAACAGGCAGAUGAAGAGGACUAUGAGGAAGACUUUGAAGAGGAUACCGACUACAUCAUGUCUUACUUUGACAAUGGAGAGGAGUUUGGAGGGGACAGUGACGACAACAUGGACGAAGCCACUUACUGAGAGACCGUAAGAGUGUUAAUAACACUGAAUAGACAAAAAGAGACGGCUUUGAGUUAUCCUCCCUGCGGACAUAGUUACAGUAUUCUGAUUACUUGUGGAGUCAUUGGCCAUGGGAACAAAGACAUUGACCGGUAUAGUCUAAAACAUGGAAAGAACAAUAUGCUGCUAUGUGAUAACCUAGAUCCAAGACAUGGAAGACGGUGACUGCUGGUGAAAACAGUGGCUCAAUGUAGAAAUCUAGAGAGAAUAGUCAGACAUUUUUCUUAUUGUGUGUGGUGAUUUAAAGUGCCAAAGAUACUAACUAGUCAUGCUGACUGUUCCCCUUUCUUCAGCUAUGUUGAGGUAGUAAUGGGAGCUGAAGUAUUUACAGGAUAUUGAUGCCUUUUAUAACUUUAAUGGAUUUGAUGGUUUUAAUUAACACGUACAAUUGCAGCAGUCUAUGGUUUUUAAAGUAAAGAUGUUGUUUUAGAGAGGUAUUUUAGCUUUUGUAAUUCCUUGGUGUAAGUCUCUUUUUAAGUGUAUAUGACAAUCAAAUGUUGGCUAAGACAUUGAAAACAAUAGUUGCAAUCCAGAAAAAUGGUGUGUAAUUCUUUUUAAAUAUUUUUUUCCUGUAAUGUCAAAUUAUGUUAUGCAAGUUGACAAUUUGAAAGUGUUGAAUUUGAGUCUAAAUACAUUUUAUAGCUCCAGAGUAAAUAUUUGUAUCAACCAA